CACCCCGGUUACAUAAGGGCGGCGGGUGGCGAUGUUGUGCCAGCGGCGCCGGUCCGGUCGUGCCGCCCUCAUGUUAUGGGGGGGAGCCGCUGUGGUCGCGCCGUGGGGGCUAUGGCCGACGGCAACGCUGACUGGAUGGGCUCGCUACCGACCGCACUGCGCUCCCUGCCGCUCUCCAACCUCGCCAUCCCCGGAUCACAUGAUUCUUUCAGCUACUGGGUCGAUGAGAAAUCUCCAGUGGGACCAGACCAAGCAACAGCCAUCAAACGUUUGGCCAGAAUUUCCUUGGUUAGAAAGAUCAUGAAGAAAUGGUCAGUGACUCAAAAUUUGACUUUCAAAGAGCAGUUGGAAGGCGGGAUCCGCUACUUUGAUCUUCGUGUAUCUUCCAAACCUGGGGAAAUAGAACAAGAGAUUUACUUCAUACAUGGCUUGUUUGGCAUCAAAGUAUGGGAUGGGCUGAAGGAAAUUAAUAGUUUUCUUGAGCAGCACCCCAAGGAAGUAAUCUUCUUGGAUUUCAAUCAUUUUUAUGCCAUGGAUGACAGCCAUCACCACUUCUUGAUCAACAGGAUCCACUCAGCAUUUGAAUCUAAACUUUGUUGUGUUGAAUGUGUAGAAUAUGUGACGUUACUGUACAUGUGGGAGAAGAAACACCAGGUUCUUAUAUUUUACCACCACCCUUUGUAUCAGGAAUAUCCCUUCCUGUGGCCAGGUAAUAAAAUGCCAGCACCAUGGGCUAAUACAACUAAUGUGCACAAACUCCUGCAGUUCCUGGAGACCACACUUGGGGAACGAAGUCGUUAUGGGACUUUCCAUGUAUCUCAAGCAAUUCUCACACCUAGAGUGAAAACGAUUGCAUGUCAUCUGAUUCGUGGUCUGAAGAACACACUUGUUCGUAGGAACCUGCCCAUGAUUUUGAAUUGGGUGAAAGCACAGAAGCCUGGUGUUAUGGGUGUUAACAUAAUUACAUCAGACUUUGUGGAGCUGGUUGAUUUUGCUGCUACAGUUAUUGCAUUGAACGACCUCCUUUUGGAAGAGGAUGAAUCUGCAACUUAAAUCCUGAUUGCUGUGUUCCACAUGUGCUUUUUAGUGGACAUCUUUGAACUAUGCUUAAUGUUUUACUUGUCUAGUGAAACCUAUUGUAAUCUCUCUUUAUGAAAAAGUUUCCUAGAGGAAACGUGGUUAAACAUCACAUACAGCCAGGUCGCUUCUCCUGGAGUCGUGUGGACCUGAGUCAGCCGAGUGUUGUGUGUGUGUUGCUGUGUCUGUAUGUGUGUGCGUGCUCUGUUUGGCUGAACUGUGCACACAUCUGCUGCUGACAGGGGCUGCUGGCCUCUGAAGCAGAGGUACCCUAUUGUGACAUGCAUCUCCUUGGUGACCAUACUCCCAGCGCCUGUGUGAGUGCAUCCUGCCUGCUUCCCAGGCAGGCCAGGGGUCACUCCAGGGAUCACUGCUGAUCCCAUGGCAGUGUGACCAGGUUGGCUGGGUGGCAUUGUUCCUGGGCCACCUCUGGCAUAGCUGGGCUCAGCUGGAGGCUGCUGCUCUGUUCAUUCAUAUGCUGUUUUAGACACUACCUCUGACUUACUUGAAGAGACAACACUGCUGUUGUUCAGGAGAAAGCUGUUAACACUGUGUUAAAUAUCCAAACUGUCCUUUGGACCUGAGAAGUGAAGGCUUGGUGCAAUCUUUCUUCUUGACCUCUUUAUUUUACUUUAUUAAACUAAAUAAAUUUUCAAUAAAUUAGUUGCAA